GCGGGGCGGGCGCAGCUAGAGGGGCGGGCCGUUCUGGGUGGCGGGAGGCCUCGGCAUGGAGGAGCGGGAGGACUGCAUCGCGCUGCAGUGCCGCCAGUACAGCGCCUCCUGCCGCGAGUUCUCGGUGCGGUGCCAGCCCGUGCAGCUCCGCUCGCUCAGCGCCGCCACCUGCUCUGUGUGGCUGGCGGCGUACUGGCUCUUCGUGCUCACCCAGAACAGCAUGGUGCUUUCCGCAGCUAUAUUUAUCACACUGAUCGGCCUGAUUGUAUACCUGCACUUUGUGAAAAUUGACCAAGAGUCCCUGUUAGUCAUUGCAUCACUUGGCAUCCAGAUGACCUCAUCUUAUGCCUCAGGCAAGGAGAAUACAACUUUCAUUGAAAUGAGCCGAGUGAAGGAUGUGGUCAUCAACGAGGCUAUUUACAUGCAAAAAGUUAUCUAUUACCUGUGCAUACUUCUCCGAGACCCUCUGGAUCCACAAAGUGUGUCUGAAGUGGUGCCACUCUUUCAGUGAAUUACUGCUGCCUUUUCUUGGACGUGCCUCAGAGGCCUUCACCUUAUUUCUGCAGCACUUCACAGGAAGUGUGAGGACUCACAGAAUUUAGUGUUGGGAAAAAACCUUUUUGUCUGUCGUGGACAUUAGGGACACGUGCAAAGCUGAACCAAGAAAAAACUCACUGGUCGUCUGUGAACCAAAAGUGAUGAGCCUCAUACAGCUGUGCUGAAGACUUUGAUUUUGGAGUAGUUAAGGCCGAAACUUCACACAGUGCUACCACCCAAGGGGCUCUGUAGCAUCUGAGUAGAGUCUCUUUCAGCUGCCUGUACCAAAGAUUAUAUUAAAGGGGCAGUGUGGUAUAACUAAGUUAUAUUAUUAUUUCUUGUCUGUUGAUAUUUAAAGGCAUCAGAAUUAGAAGCUGUGAGCUGAAACCUCUGGCAAUUUGUUCCAGAUGACAACUUCUUUCUUUUGCCGUUAAUUUUGCCUUUCUUUUCCUCUUCAGUUAUGUAGUUUGAUCUCUCUGUUGUGGCUCUAUAUAACUUGGAUUGUGAGCAGGACAUUCACCUGGUGUCGAUACAGCACCUAACACAAUGGAUCCUAUUCCUUGUUUGAUGCUGCUAGAGCCCUACAGCAACAUAAAUAUCUUAGCAAUAAUACCUCACAUCUUAGAAUAUCGACUGUAAAGUUCUCUGUACUCAGCAAAAAUCACCUGUUACUGAGAUUAAGUUUUAGUCGUCAUUUCUGAUACACCACUGAACAUCAUUAAUCCAUGGCUAUGUGCUUACAGGUAAAUUGUGUUUAGUACAUAUUCAGCAAUACCAGUUCCUGAUUCUGCCCUGAUUUCAAAGAUAUUAAUGAGUAUAAAUGAAUUAUGCCUCAUGGAACCAAGGCAGGGAAAAGAAUUUGCUGAACUGUCUGCAACCAGUGAAUUCCACGCAGCUCCAUGGAGGAUCCUGGCAUCUGAAUAUGGUCAGAGCUGCAACAAGGCCUGGCCAGUGCUAAAGGGUUACUCACAUAUUUUGGGGACUUCUUUUUCACCUAACCUAGCUCUGGGCUACACUACAGUCAUGGUAUUUCAAAGGAAGUUGAAAAAAGAGCUACUCUGAUUUGAAAUCCAGCUCCUAAAGAAUUUGCCACUUUAUACAAGUUGACACUUUAAUUUGCACUUUUAGAGGAACAGUAAGUGCUAACCAGUGUUUCACUACUUUUUCUCUAAAUUUUGCCAUCUUUAGAGACUAUAAUUUACCAUGUCACUAAGCUAGUUAACACUUCUGCACUGAAUUGACCUAUUGUUCUUUUAAGAUGCCGUUGGCAACAUUUACCUAUUUACAUAAAUAGUUUUUAGGUGGACUUUAUACUGUGGUGCUGUUUUGGGAGCUCAAAAGUCAUAAAAUCAUUGAGACUGAGUAACUCAGGAGUUUAGGAAUGGGAUACAGAACCUUUCACCUCUUGGUUGGUUUUAAUCUGGCCUUGGGUCAGUAGUAACAGAAAGUCAUUAUACUUUGACCUCUAUUCAAUGAUUGUGUGAAAUGAAUUGGUGGUUUCAGUCCACUUCUCAUCCU